AUGGCCCAGGCCCAGUUUCCACCUCUAACGAACGACCUGCUCCUCCGCGCAGCUCGCGGUGAGCAGACAGAUCGCGCACCCGUAUGGGUCAUGCGCCAAGCAGGGAGAUAUCUACCAGAGUUCCGAAAAAUCCGUGAAAACCACGAGUUCUUCGAGGUAUGCCGCACGCCCGAUCUCGCGACCGAGAUCACCAUGCAGCCUAUCCGGCGGUACGCCGGCUUGCUCGACGCGGCCAUCAUCUUCUCCGACAUCCUUGUCGUGCCGCAAGCUAUGGGUAUGGAAGUGAUCAUGAACCCAGGUCCGCACUUCCCCAACCCCUUGAACACGCCCGAGGACAUGGAGAAGCUGCCCCGCGAGGUAGAUGUGGAGAAAGAGCUCGGUUAUGUGUUCGAGGCGCUCACCCUCACGCGGAAGACCCUUGCGGGGCAGGUUCCCCUCAUCGGCUUUAGCGGGGCGCCGUGGACACUUAUGAUGUACAUGAUCGAGGGCGGCGGAAGUCAAACACGUCAGAAAUCGAAGACAUGGCUCUUUAAAUAUCCAGAAGCUUCAAAGCAGCUCUUGGAGCGCAUCACAGACGUCUGUGUGAGAUAUCUUAUCGGUCAAGUGAACGCCGGCGCACAGCUUCUGCAGAUAUUCGAUUCGAAUGCUGGAGAUCUGUCUCCAUACGACUUUUCGAAGUUCGCUCUACCUUAUCUCAAGCGUAUCGCGGACGAAGGUUCGCGAGGGUUUGAGGGCGCGACAACUCCCUGUCACCCUCGGGAUGUUGCCAGGCUCACUGAUGGGAUCAUCGACGGGAGAACCAUCACUAUGCAAGGCAACCUCGACCCCGUGGUGCUCUACGGCGGUAAAGAAGCCAUAGAACGCGAGGUGAAGAGGAUGUGCAAGGCAUUCCAAGAUGCUAGGGGUGGUGCAUGCAAAGCAUGGAUUGCGAAUUUGGGUCACGGCAUCACACCAGGCGUUGAUCCAGAAGACAUGAAGUUCUUCUUGGAGUGCGUUCACAAAUACUCAGCAGUGUCAUGA